AUGCAGGCAGGUAGAUCUGGAUGUUACAAUAUUGAUUGUUCUGGUUUCAUGCAAGUAGGUGGUGAAAAAAUACUAGGAAAUGUCGAAUCACAUGUUUUUGCCAUUGAGGCAGAUGAAAAAAUAGCUCUUGUUACCACAAUCAAACAACUAAGUCAUUGGCGGUUAUGUAUUAAGAUUAAACAAAAAUGUGCUGGAUAUUGGCCAAAAGAAUUAUUCCCCCGCUUAAGUUUAAGAGCAUCUAUAAUUAGAUUUGACGGUGAAACUUAUACUCCACUUGGAAUGGAUAGUCCUCCAAUGGAUAGUGGAAGAUUGCCACAAGAAAAAUACAUAAACUCGGGUUUUAUGUCAAAUAUUAGGAUUAUUAAUUCAGAAUAUAAUGAAAUUGACAUACAUCCUGAAAAUAUGAAGAUAAAUAAAGGGGGUAAUUUAAAUUGUUACUUGGUAUAUCGUGGUUAUGAAGGACGCUAUGCUCAUCAAGCUUUUUUGUCUAGUGGACCGGGUGGAAAGUCGUGUUAA